CGGCUGCCCACACCGUGGAAGUUGGUUGCGCGACCGCAGAGUCCAGGGGACAACUGCUUGAGGCCGGUCACAGACGGCCUGUUUUUGUUUGUUCUUUUCUAUUUGGUGUGUCUCAGUAGCAUAUUUAUCACUUCUGCCCUGUGACAUGACAGCAGGAAGCGCGGUCGUUGUUAAUCCGGGCCCCGACCGAUCCGGCAUGAUAUUUUGUGAUUUUGUUUGAGUCAUGGCAUUGGAUUGGGUAGCUGCUUUUUGUCUAACCGCUAUCUAAACAACCUUUCUGGCAUGGUAGGACCUACAGGAAAUUAAGUUCCAGCCAGUGUAGCUCGUUGGGUCAUUGCGAUAUGCAAGCCCGACCACCACGUCAAGGUAGCAGCUUUCGGUCGGGCAAAGAGGGAAAAUCAAUCGAAGAGCAUAUAAAGUUACAUAGAUUGAGAUGGCUAGGUCACGUGAUGCGCAUGCCUAACCAUCGCCUCCCCCGACGGGCAUUACUAGCUUAUAUAGGUGCAGGUUGGAAAAGAGUAAGUGGUGGCCAAACAAAAACAUGGCAUCAAUCCAUGAAAUCCCUGACAGUUAAGCUGAGUCAGGUAGGGAGAUGAAGACUUCUGGGUUGGGGCCCUCGGGACUCUAAGAAUCAAUGGCUGGAGACAAUAGGUGACAUGGCUCAAAAUCGUUGUCAAUGGCUUACGCAGAUGUAUUCAGUCUCUGUAAUCUUUCAUAUUCCUUUCCACCAUUACUCAUUCUGUUUCACUCUUAUACUUGUCAAAACUCUAUUGAUUCUCUUCACUCAUUUUCCUGUCUACCUUUGUGUGCUAUUUGAAACGUGGCAACUCGAACUGCUGCACCUCGGUGCCAAGUUCUAUGUUGAAUCCAGCCAGCCAGCCAGGAGACAAAUGCUUGAGGCUGGUCAGUCACACACGGCCUGUAUGAACUGGUUUCUUCAAUUGGUUUCGUAUUGGUAAACUUACCGCUGGUUGCGGACGACCGUAGGGUAAGUCAGAAUGUACAGUUUUUGGGGUUCACCUCUUCUAACCCUCGCCUCUCUCCAGAGUGGAGAGACAGCAUAGCUGGCAUGCUGGUCAUCUGAGAGAAACACCUGACUGCUGUUACAUCCCUGUUCCCCAGCAGUACGACUUCGCCCGUGCACUCCCACUAUAGUGUAAAAACUGCUUACACUUCGCCGGUAACUACUUUUAGUCUAAUCGCUAUCCUAACAACCUUGGUGGCAUGGUGGGACCUGCAGGAACAAUACUUCCAGCCAGUGUAGCUUGUUGGGUCAUUGCGACCACCACGUCAAGGUAGCAUCUAUCGAUGGGGAUUUAUAGCUAAAUUUGUUUCACAUCACCUUCCAUCUAAUUUUCCAUUUAUAAGAAUGUAAAUAUAUUAUUGACUUAAGAUCAUAAUUAGUAACUGAAAAAUACUCUCCGCAGCACGGUUUACGAAUGUCUAGUGAAGAGUUACUUCUUUCUCUUCAAAUUUUAACCACCGCAUACUUCAAUUUGCAGUAAUAGCUAGACAGUUAGUUUUGUUAAAGGCAAAACGAGUACAUUAUUGUAGUAGUCUCCACUUUGAUAAUGGUCGCUUAACAAAACAGGCCAAGUUGGAGUUUACAAGUAGCUGAAGACUUCAAAUAAGACAGUUAUGAAUUCAGGUCUUAGGUGUAUACAUUAACUUCUCAUCAUAAUCCUAAUGUUCUAAUGCACUUUGCCAUUCACUUUUAUGUAUAUCUCCACAAUUUCUUAUUAUGUUAUUUUCAUUGUCUUCCCUCGUAUCACAGUCUACUUGGAGAUAUGAAGUAUGACAAUUUAAAUUAUUGUUUGGCAAUGUUAGGACCUAUUUCUAUUUGUAAUUUCUCAGUAAUAAGAUCACAUAUAAAUAUGCAUAUGCAUGUAUGUAUGUGUAUAUAUGCAUGCAUCUUACAAUAUUUGAAGAUAAUAAAAUGAAACAAAUUAUAAUCAUUAAAAAACAUUCCACUUUUCAUCUCAAGAUCUAUCAGUGUGCACAAAACUAAGACUGUUCAUGUUCUUAAACAGAUUCACUUAGUGGUGUGUGCCAUGUAGGCAUUGCUUUGUUUGUAAUAGUUUAUUUAAAUCAGUCCACGAGCAGUAUUUAUAAUUUUUCUUUACUGUCUGAAGUUAUCCGGCGUUUUUAUAAUUUCUCAUAGUAAUCUGUUGGGAGGUGCACAAACGUAUGCUCUUUAUUUUUAGACCAACUAAUAACAUAAUUCGUUGUGUUUUAAAUGCUGACUAGGCUUUCAAACUUCUUUGUGCAGAUUACUCUGGAAAAACUGAUGAUGUAACUGCUUUCAUGUCAGCAGUUGCACAGGAUGCACAAGAACGGGCCCAGCGACGAGCUAGACAACGUGAGCAGGCAGACAAACUUAAAGAUCGCGCCAACACAUUUUUUAAGGCUGGCAAUUGCAAAAAGGCUGUGGAUUUGUAUACAAAAGCGAUCGAUUUGGCAAAGGAUUACGAUAUUCUGUAUACAAACAGGGCCCAAGCAUACCUUCGACUCGGUCAACCUGAUCUAGCAUUGAAGGACUGUGAUACUGCCUUGUUACUCUUUCCAGAAGCUCCACAGUUAAGUCCUACUGGAGAGCCUCUAAAAAAUAAUGACAAUAUUCCCUCGAAUCCGCGUUUGGCAAAGGUCCACUUGCAUCGAGGGAAAGCCUUGAUGUCACUCAAUCGACCGGCUGAUGCACUUGCUGCUUAUUCGCUUUCACGUUUUUACUCUCCAUCUAAGAAUGACAAGUGUGUUUCAGUAAAGCCGAAUGAAGAAAAAUGGCCUAAUUAUUUGGUAGAAUAUGUGGCUCAGGCUGAAGCUGCCCUUGCUGCUCAAAAAGCAGAUGCAGAGGCAGAAGCUAAUUUUGCCGAGUCAGCAAUAGGAUUCACUUCUGGUUUGAAUGAUAACCAUGCAAACAUUCCUUCAAGUCAACAGUUGUUAUGUCUAUUAGCUCAAUUGGCUCGGAGAAACCAAAAUUCAAGGUACUAUAGUGCAGGGUUACGCCAUAUGAGUCGUCUGUUUACUGAUGCUCCGAAGUCACUACCUACAACUGUCAAUGAAAUCGAAACCACGAAUCUAGACGUGAAGAAUGAGUCUCUCGAGGCCACGAAACAUUCUCCUGAGAAGACAAAGCCUAAUAAGAAACGAAAGAAUAGUGAGCUUCACACAUCCAUAUCGGAACAGUCAGAAACUACCAAAACCUCUACAAACCGUAAUCCACAAACAGAAACACUUUCUGACUUACAAACAAUAUUUCGCAUAAAAAGUGGAUUUACCCUCUUGGAUAAGGAAGUGAAUGCGAUCUAUGACAUUUUUAAUCUUAAUGCAUCUAAACAAAAUACUUUGAAUAGAAAUUGUACACAGAUUAAUGUGGAAGCUGAAAGUAUUGCUAAUAAUAAUGAGUCAAAGCAUUCAAUGUUAGAUGCAUCGGAAAGAAUGCUUGCAUUACUCAAUUUAACCAAUCAACUUACCAUUGAUUGCGCAGAGAAUCAACGACUACUAAUUGAACGUCAGCCUAAUCUAAUUAAACUUGCUCUAAUUUGCCUUAAUAUGUCAUCAGAUUUUGUCCAGCAAAUCACUUGUUUCACAACAACAACAACAACCAAAGAGAAUAACAAUUCGUUGGGUGCAACUGUAGAAAAACAACGCAGCUUCCACAUCCUGGGUUCACUUAGACUAGCUGCCUGCAACUUAUUUGUUACACUAUCGUCGUUGCCGAGUGGUCGACAGUCUUUAUUAGAUCUGUGUGGAUCUGGUCCAAUCUUAACUGGAUUAGCUAGUUGUUUGUCAGCAUCAGUCUCUUCACCUCAAGGGAAUACUUCUCCAUCUCCUGUAUAUGCAUCAAGUUUGGCAGAUGCAGCACGUGGAUUAAUUGCUCGUGUAUCCUCUGGAGGUGGUAAUCAUUCAGUCCAUACAGUAAAUAAUAAUGUUGACCCGUUGAAAUGUAAUUCUGCUUCGUCUGCAAUGUCUGUUGUUUGUGCUGCUAAAGCUGCACAGAUAUUAGAAUUUUUAACUGAGAGUUCAAGAUUUUUGAUACUUGCUCGAUCUUCUGAUGAUGGAUUACAAGGCCUACUGUUAAUCAUUGAAUCAGCUUUAGCUUCAUCUUCGCCAACUACUACUAACCAGUCAUCUUCAACUACAUGUCAUUGUUUGGCUACAUUGUUAGACAGUCUGGGAAAUGCUUGUCAGGAUGCAACUUUUCAAAAAGUUGUUCUACAAAGCCGUCAAACUCUAUUAUUUGGACUUGCUGAUUGUCUUUCACGUCAUACUCCAUUAUUGAAUGACCCGAAUCACGCUCAUUUAAUUGGUUCAAUCUGUCGAUUACUGCAUAACAUUUAUGUGGGACAAUUAGAUCGGUCAGUUAAAAACACUAAUAACAACAAUAAUCGCAGAAAUAUCAAUGGUCUAAGCAUAAAUGCUAAUGAUACAGAUGAAGAUUGUUCAACCACCUUCUGUUUAACAUCAAGCAAAUUAAUUAAUUCUAUACUGAAUGGGAUCGGUGCUAUUCUAGAUCAAAUUGGUCAUGGUCCAGAAUUAAGAGCUAUUGCUAUCGCGUUAGCUGGACGACUUCUACCAUUAUGCUCCCAUGAUAAUAAACAGCUAUCCUCUUGGUUCGGAGAACGUACUGCAUCAGAGUCAAGUGUUCACGUGCCAUUAAGUGAUUUGCCGUCACGUACACGGUUGCUUAUUGCUGUUUUAGACAGUUGCUCAGCAGAUUCCUAUUGGAAGAAUAAUCUUCAGAAAGUAUCAACGAAUAAUCAAAAUGCAAGUGAAAAUACUUCAGAAUCCAAAGGAGCAAAUAGUAUAUCAUCACAUUUAAUCAAUGGAUGUAUACGCUGUUUAGCUGCUGGUACCAGUCAUUCAAUAUCUUUACGUUAUAUCAUUGGAGAUGAUAGACGCCGUGUAAGACGUUUAGCGCGAUUUAUUCGUGUAAGGCUACCUUGUACUGCAACUGACAAUAAUAGGAAAUCAAAUACUCUCCGACCACCACCGCGAGAUGAACCAUUAGCAGGAAAUGUUUGUCUUAUUUUACAGCAUUGUGCCACAGAUACACCGUUGGCUGAACAUCUUCAAGGCACUUCAGUAAUUUAUGAUUUAUUAUCACUAAUACAGGAAAGUAAAAGAUUAGACACCAAAAGAAACGCAGCAAUUUUAGUGGGUAAAUUGGCUCAAUCAAGUCAAGUACACCGUGAUGAAUUAUCACGUUUAGAUGGUUACAGUGUUCUGACACCUUUCAAUUCAUGGACUGCAACAUUGGAACGUUGUUAGACAAAUACGCACUUGUACUCUAGAUGUCUUUCACAUUACAAACGAAGCCGUUUCAAGGGCACUUUCUCUUCCCGGUCAAUUAAACAAACAAGCAACAAUGUGUGACAGUAUUUUUCAAGCCUCUUUGUUCGUUUAUAGUUUCAUUUUUGAAUGCUGUUCAAAACAUUGUCUCCACACGGAGAAGCCUUGUUUUCUUUUGAACUUUAUUGUACACUUUUAAAAUGUUGGUUUCUAAGACAAACUUAUGUGAUACGUUGUAGUUAAUCAUUUAUAUGUUCAAAUGUAAACAUUACAAAAUCGAAUGUAAUACACACGCACACAGACACUAAUGCACAACAUACAGCUGUCUUGGCAUAUUAAGAUGGAAAAUAAAACUGCGAACGUUGGAUUUCGAAAAGUGUUUUUAUUUUUUGAGAAAAAUGAAGGAGACCGGUGGUCUCAUUGAAAUCACUGAAUUUAAAA